AUGACAGACCAGUCCGAUCGAGCCACAGGCAACGACAGGCUGGAGUCCACGCUUCAGAUCCCUCCCAACAUUUCGCCGGAAAAUGAAUCUGAUAAUGGUCCAGAAACUCCAGUUGUAAGCGGGAGCAAUACAUCCGUGACUGUAGAGAGGACUGAGCCGGAUCCUGUCACAACCAUCGCCACCAGUGCCAAUGCAGGCCGCGGAUCCAACCAUGGCCCAGAUGACGAGGACGAUGAGGAAGAAGAUGAGGAGGGGGACGAUGAGGAUGACGACGAGGAAGAUGAGGAGCCUCGUCUCAAAUAUGCGCGCUUGACACAAAGCUUAAGUGGUCUCUAUCGUAACGGCGAUGCGACCAGCGCAUUCCUCGUCGGAGGAGACAAAAUGAUUAUUGGAACCCAUAACGGCAACAUUCAUGUCAUUCAAUUACCAACUCUACAACCCCUUCGAGUCUACCACGCACAUUCAGCAUCGGUUACCAGCAUAUCGACGUCUCCAUACCCUCCUCCCUUAUCAAACGACCGAUCAGAACGGCCGCCGCCGUCGCAGCAGCCCCAGGCCCAGCCGAAUUUGCGACCCGAUGCCUCUCCUGCCAGUGCCUCUAGGCGACCCAAGGGACCAGCACAGCUGCCACGGAUACCCUCGAACGACAUAUACGUAGCUACUUCGUCUAUGGAUGGCAACGUAUGCAUCCAGUCACUUUUAGAUAUGAAAGACGUCCAUCUAAGAAACUUUGCACGGCCGGUCCAAGCUGUCGCGUUAUCCCCAGAGUUCAAGAGUGAUCGUACAUAUCUAUCCGGUGGUUUGGCGGGCCAGCUCAUCUUGACUGUAGGCGGUGGCCAGGGCAGAAGUACGUCCACUACGACCGGAACGGCGGUCGCAGCAGCGUCUGGAUGGCUUGGAAGCAUGGGUCUAGGUACCAGCAGUGGUAAAGACACAGUGUUGCAUUCCGGAGAAGGUACCAUAAGCAGCAUUAAGUGGUCCCUUUCUGGGAAGUAUGUCGCCUGGUUGAACGAAUAUGGCAUCAAGUUGAUGCGUUCCAAGCUUCAUCUCGAAAGCGCUGAGUCUGAGGGGGCUUGGCAGCGAAUUGGACAUUAUGAUAGACCACAGACGGAGGAAUGGGAGGCCAUGGCAAGCGUGUGGAAAGGUCGACUAGAGUGGAUCGACGAGCAGGCCAUUGAGACUGAUGAAUGUCGGUCUUCGGGGGAUGGUGCUGCAAAUCUCGCAAUUUCAGCGCCAAAGAAGACCGUAGAAAGGCUUCUCGUAGGCUGGGGUGGUACCAUUUGGAUUAUUCACGUCCAUCACGGGCCCACUAGCGAUAGUGGGAGGAAUGGUCACGACAAGCCGUUUGGUCGGGCAGAAGUCGCCAAGAUCUUGCGGAUGGACUGCAUUAUUUCGGGAAUCUCCCUCUACACUCCGAGUACCUUACUUGUCCUUGCAUUUUGCCCGACGGAUGAUGACGAAGACGAACAAGUGCCAGAGCAACCUACAGUUUCGGGCCACAAAUCAAGAUUAUCCUCAGGUUCUGCAGGAAGUGAACCCGCUGGAGGCAUAAGACGCCGCCAGAACAAUCACCCUCCCGAACUGAGGCUUAUCGAUCUCGAUUCUCAGAUGGAAGUAGAUAAAGAUCGCCUUGGAGUGAGUCGCUUUGAGCGCCUUGGCCCGGCUGAUUACCACCUUGGUGUUCUUCCUGCCCAAGCAGCAGCGACCGCAGUGGCAUCCCGAGGCGCAUUAGAGGCACUGGCCGGCUUUGGCAACGACAUGUGGAAUGUGGCUAUCAACCCUAAAUCGCUUUUUAGUUCUGGUGCUAGUAUAAUGAGCAGAGACAGCGGAGACGAUGCUGCGUCUGUCUCCAAGACCGGCAGCACGGCUGGAACAAUUCGCCGGGGACAAGGCAAGAUCCCAGGUCCCAUCACUAUCCACCCCAGUUUGUCGAAGCCCGGCAUCAAGAUAUUCAUGCACAGUCCAUAUGACUGUAUUCUUGGCACAAAACGAGAUUUGGCAGACCACUUGCAAUGGCUUGUUGAGCACGAACAAUACCAACAGGCUUGGGAGCUAUUAGACGAGAAUCCGGACAUAGUCGCAACCACACCAGAAAAGCCCAUUGAUGCGGGGCCAGCAACCCCAUCAGCACGACAAGCAGCUGUAGAGGAUUUCUUUGACGGCGAUUCGGCGGUAGCGUCCACUCAGCAAGAUGUACACUCCCAGGCCAUCAAGGAAAAACGACGCAUCGGAGAGCUAUGGAUUCAACAGGUGAUAGAGGAUGGCAACUGGCGACGGGCAGGUGAGGUCUGUGGCCAAGUUCUUGGCACCCCAGACAGGUGGGAGAAAUGGGUAUGGACAUUUGCCGGUGCCAAACACUUCGACGAAAUUACACCGUAUAUUCCGUCGCAACCAAUGCUUCCUCCGCUCCCAACAACGAUAUAUGAGGUAGUUUUGGGCCAUUAUAUCCAGAAUGAUAAACCUCGAUUUCGGGAGCUGUUAGAUCUGUGGACAACAGAUUUGUUUGAUGUUAGCACCAUCACGACUGCCUUGGAGAAUCAACUCAAGUUUAGAGAUGUCCGCGAGGAUAGCAUUGAAGAUGGAGAGAAGGGGAGAGACUGGUCGAUUGUGAUGGAAAGUCUCGCGCGGCUUUACGAAGCUGGUGGACGGCAUCGGGAGGCUCUGAAGGUUUAUAUCAAGCUUCACGACGCUGAUUCCGCGUUUCGUCUCAUUAGAGAGCGCCAUCUAGCCGAAGCUGUCGCAGAUGACAUCCCAGGUUUUAUAGGCUUGAGAGUAGCACCAGAGAGGAUGAAGCAAAUGACUCAACAGGAACUUGUCGAGGCGACGUCGGAGGCCAUUACGCUGCUUGUGGACGAGGCUCAACAUGGAUUGGUUCGUCCCGACAUUGUUGUUGAGCAACUGGAGGCCAAAAAGAUGAACCCGUAUCUUCAUUUUUACCUCAAAGGCUUGUGGCGAGGCCAGGGCAUCAAAGAACACUCAGCAGAGAACAUCGAACGGCUUGUCAUGGACAGCCAAGCCCUGGUGGAUAGCUACGCCGACUUGGCCGUUCACCUAUUUGCGACAUAUGAUAGAGCGCUGUUGAUGGAGUUUCUCAAAGCAUCAACCUCGUACACGUUUGAAAAGGCUGUGCAAGAAUGCGAGGCAUGUUCAUAUCACGAUGAACUUGUGUACUUAUACUCCAAGACUGGCCAGAUGAAACGUGCCUUGUACCUUAUCAUUGAUCGCCUCAAAAACGUCCAGAAAGCAAUCGAAUUUGCCAAGGAGCAGGACGACCCGGAUUUGUGGAAUGAUCUUCUCGAUUACAGUAUGGAUAAGCCAAGCUUCAUCCGCGCCUUGCUGGAGCAGGUUGGCACUACCAUCAACCCCAUUACACUGGUGAGGCGGAUACCGGAAGGCCUUGAGAUUCCAGGUCUGAGAGAGGGACUCACACACAUGAUGAAGGAGCACGAACUGCAGCACAGCAUUAGCUCAGGGGUGGCCAAAGUUUUACGAAGCGAACUUGCGGCUGCACAGAAUGAUUUGAGGACUGGCAGACAAAAAGGCAUCAAGUUUGAGGUAGUACAACCAGAUGGUGAAGACAAUCCAGCUGUUCCCAGCAGAGGCCAGGCGGCGGCGGCGGCGGCAGAAAGGAACGCUGGCGAGCACCCAAUGGGUGAGAGGGCGGAGCACGACCAUGUCGUACCGCAACCAGGGCGCUGUGCGAGCUGCCACGAGGCAUUUACCGAGUUCGAGAUGGAAAUGAUACUUGGGUUUGCGUGCGGACACGUAUUUCAUGUCAGCCACCUACUUGAACUUCUUCACAAGGGAAGAAAAGCCGACGUUGAUCUAGGCGCGGAACCUGGUGAAACUGGGCGACAUUCCGUGGGAAUGAAGGUCAUGAGAGCCAGGCUGUUGCGAGAUAAGGUUAGAGAGGGCUGUCCAAUUUGUCAUUGA